AUGGCUCCCUUUAAGCUUAAGUUCCGCAUGGGUAGUGGGUCGUCGCGUAGUACCUCUCAGGAGCAGGAUGUCGUAGUAGAUAGCCAAUCCAAUCCGGUCGGACCUCUUUUGAACAGUGCGAACGCAGUUGAGUUCGGUAGCAGCACCACCCUUGACUCAGAGCAGAAUAACGAUAGCCUUGUGUCGAUGAGCAACGACCGGCGCGCCUUAAUACUGACCAGUAACACUACCGACGAACCAAUACUAGGAUAUGACAAUCCUUCGCUCACGAACACAGAGCCUACUAACGUUAUACCACUUAGCCCACCGCCGUCGUACGAGCAUGUGCUAGAAGAAAACCGCCUCGCAGCUUUGGAUAAAGAAAACAAUCGAACAUCCUUGCUAAACCUAUCGCCAACCGCGCUGGGGUACGAAAUGAUGGCUAACAAUCAAUCGGCUGGUUCCGAGCAGCUGCCUCCCUGUCCGGAGCAGGAUUCUCCCGGCAGAACGAGAAAGCAGGAAUCCAUCGAUUCGUCUCUGUAUACCUGUAGCUCUACAACGACUCCCUCGCAGGAGAACCUGCUCACCUGUACGGGAUCCUGCGAUCCUCUGUAUCAGAUGAGCUGCAACGAAGGCCUGCAAGAUUUAGCUGAAGAAAUGGAAACAAUGGUCAUCGACGAAACAUGCCUAUCGAACGAAAACCAAGAUGCUCUGUCGAUGGACGAAGAGUGCAGUACGUACAGUAACUCACAGCCGAUCUACGAUCAACACACGACGGUCCCAAAGGCGGAAAUCAAGGGUCCAGAGAUACUGUACAAGUCCAGCAAGCAGCUGUACAAAGCUGUAGCCAAGGAGUGUGGCAUCACGUGCAAGAUGUCCGAUCAGUGUCGCUGUUUGGACUGUCAAAGUCGAUACUUUGACUGCGAGUAUGAUCAGAAUGAAAACGAAAAAACUGAUGGAGGAUUAGGCGCUGGUACGCCAAUGUUCAUCAGUGAAGUUAUGCACGGUACCGCGUGCACAAUACUCUAA